AUGGCAGUAGCAAUCGAUCUUUUCGGCAAUGAUACCGUUAAUUAUUCAUCGUCGAAAUGGGACAAAUGGGAGCAAGAAACAGAUAAACCUUAUUGUAAAAUUUAUCAAUUAAAAUUAACAGAAGUAUUGACCUACAAUCGAUAUCGCCGAGAACAACAAGCUUACAUAAAUCGUGAAAGAUUCAACACAAAACAAUCAAUAAAUUAUCGUUUAAAUGAACAACGAUUACAUAAAGAAUAUAUGAAUCAUGUGCGAGAGCGAACAAAAGCUCAUGCUCAAGAUAUCAUAGCAAAUUAUAAAAAGAAGUCUAACACUUAUUCCAUAAAGGCAAAACAACCAGUUGCAUUGAGUGUUACAUCGAAUAAUAUUUCGCUGGUUUUAGAAUCUCGACCGAAAUGUACUUCAAGAACAAAACUACCUCCAUUACCGAUCAGAAGUGAACGCAUAAAAAGUCCUUCAGUAGAUUCUGAGAAAAGCAUGAAGAAAUUUUCAUUAACUCCUAUUAUGAAAAAUGACGAAGAUGAUGAUAUUUUAUCAACAGCGAACAAUUAUUCAUUUACGGAAGCGACAUCGUCCUCAUCACGAAGACACCAUGGUAAACAACAUUACAAUGCUCGACAAACCAUAUUGGACGCAAUAAUGGUACACAUGAAUUCGUAUAAAUCAUUCGACAAUUCUAAAAAACCUAAUUAUGAAGAUAUUAAAUAUAAAUUUUCAUCAAGUAUUUCACCGCAUGUUUACGAAAGUUUUGAACGUCUUGUUGCUUAA